UCUCCAACGGACGUUUGCAAAGGGCGAGAAGCUCGUUCGCGACGUUAAACGUCGGUUCGUUGAGCUGACGGUUGAUUUUCCGUUUUCUUCUGGCGCCGAGUUGCGAAGGGUUCGGGCCAGCGAUACGAGGCGGGGAGGACUUGGUUAUCCCUGCAGGCGAUACGAGGGACCGUCAGCAUCACCGUCGUCCUCACGUGGCUUGAUUGUGAGCGUUGUGGGCGCUGCCGCAGCUUCCUCGCCCUCCGGUUUGGAGUCCGUGUCGUUAUCCAGACCCAUUUUCCCAUCACGCGUUAUGUUCUUGUAUUAUUCUAUUCCCAUUUAUUCUUGACAGAUGCUUUCGGCGAAGUGAAUGGAGGCCUUUCAUAACCACUCGGAAUUUUACUAAUUCCAUUAACCCUAGUGCAUCCUUGUAGACACAGCAAUGGAAUAUCUUAAGGCUUCUAAGAAGACUGACAAUUCCUUUCAACAGGAAGAAACUGAAGAAGAUAUUGAAUUUGUUAGUGAAGGCGUAUUGAGACCUGUCCUGGAAUGCAUCGAUCUUAGUAAUGAAGAGGAAUUUGAUACCUCUUCUGAAAAAAAUGUAAAACACAAAGACCAUGUUGAUUAUCAGAAAGCAAAAGUUGCUUCGACCCUUGAUCGCCUGGCACGCCAUGUAGAAGUAGAGAAACAGCUGAAGGAAGAGAAAAACAAAGCUUUCAAGGAAAAACUGGAUUCACAACAUGCUCAUGGACUGCAAGAACUGGAAUUUAUCCGGGGUCAUAGUGACACAGAAGCAGCAAGAUUGUGUGUGAAUCAGUGGCUAAAAAUGCCAGGUCUCAAGCCAGGCACUGUAAACUCAGGAAGGAGAACAUUAUCUCAAAAAUCAUAUCAGAUCCCAUCGAACAGCAAAUCCAUUCUAUGUCCCAUAAUGCACUGCAAUAGAAAGUUUGACAAUGGGCAUUUACUGCUAGGUCAUCUUAAAAGGUUUGAUCAUUCUCCAUGUGAUCCCACAAUUACUCUACAUGGACCUCCAGCUAAUAUGUUUGCCUGCAUAGUCUGUGGCAACAGAUUUGCAAGUAAUCAGCAAUAUAGUGGACACCUUUUGUCUAAGGUUGGUAAAAAUGAUGGCCAUGAGAGAAAUUACCCUCCUCAGCUUAUUCAGUGCUUUGCGUGUCCUUGCUGUUUCCUCUUCUUUAGUAUAAGAGAUGAAUGCCUGCAGCAUAUGUCUGGAAAAAAUCAUUUUUCUCAGGCCUUUAAAUUGAGUGAUAAAUCAGGGAGCCCACUUCCAUUGCCUUUGCCAGCCUACGCAAAGAAUCUCCUAAUCUCCUUAUGCAAAGAAGUUCCCUUCCAAGUGCAAUGCUCAUCCUGUCAUCAGGUUUUGCAAUCCCACAUAGAGCUCACAGCACACUUCAGAAUCCAGUGUCGUAAUGCUGGUCCUGUAGCUAUAUCAAAAAACUGCAUCUCCGAAAUUGCAGAAAUACUGAAAGCCAAAAGUUUCUGUCAAGGUUGUGACACGUUGUUUGUCAACGAUGACCAAAUUACUCAACAUAGUUGCAGAAAUGUUGCUAAGAUUAAACUUAUCGCCACAAUGGAAGAAUCCAUAUUAUUAAUCUGUCACAUCAAUGAACGGAAUAAAAGUGUCCCUCACCUGCAAAAUAAUGCAAGCCUUUUGAAAUCUUCUCUGAAGAGAAAUUUGGAAUUGAAUGGCGAUAAGAAUGAAACUCUUUCAAAAUGGAAAAAGGAUUUGCGAGACAAUAGUGAAGCAGUUCACACAACUUCUCUUGUCAAAACCUGGGUAUGCCAGUGUGAUUUGGCAUUUCUUUCUGAAGAGUUGGCAGAAAAACACAUUUUUGCUGAAAACAGAAUCUGCUACAAGUGCGGUGUAUGUGGGAAACUUGCAGAAAAUUUGAGCAUUAUCCGCUUGCACAUGAGCCGUUUCCAUGGAGGAGCACAUUUGACUAACUUCAUCUUCUCAUGCCAAAUUUGCAAAAUAGCCCUUCAGAAAGAAGAGGAUGUCCUUAUUCAUGUAACAGGACUUCAUGAUGGACAUAAUUUCUAUUUCGAGAAGGCCAUUGCUGAAGAUGAACUAACAAUACCUUCUGAUUCACAGUAUGACCCUUCGAUUAAACAAGAAGGCCAAACUUCAAGCCUUAUCGAACUUUCUCCAGAGCAGACUCAGAUGGAGGUGGAUGAAAGCCCUUCCCAAUGGCAAUGUAAGAUAUGUGAGGAAAUAUUUAACUCAGAGGACAGUGUGAAACAACAUUGCAAAUCACUAGAGAGUCAUCAUUUUCACAGGUACAGCUGUGGCUCGUGCAAAAUGACUUUUCGGAAAAUAGAAACACUGCAGCGACACUGCCAGGGUAGACAUAACAAUGUUGUACAGAUUAAAUAUUUCUGUGGAUUUUGUGGUGACCUCUUCUUUGAUGUUGAGGAGGAAUUUUUACUUCACUUCAGGUGCAUACAUAGCAUGGAUUACGUGUGUGUGUCCGAGACAGCAGAAACCUCAAUCAAAAAUGAUGAAAUAGCGGAAGAAGGUACCCUUCUAAACUGUGGUUGUCGUGAGAAAUAUGUUUGCAAAAAAAACAGGAAGAUUGACCACAAGAAAUGUCAAGAAGCCAUGUUGGAAAAAGGCAACAUUUGGUUUCGUUGCACUUCAUGCUCUUCUACAGCACAAACCUAUUCUGACAUAAUGGUUCAUAUCACAAGCCACCCAAGCAAAGAAACUACUCAAGAUUUCUACAUAGUCAGGUGUGGUUCAUGUAACAAACAUUUUAGUAAUAUUACCAUUGCUCAUCAGCACUUCCAUGAUAAGCACUGCUUUUUACAAAAGCCACAACUAUCUUUUGGGUCACAAGCAGAAAAUAAUGUCUUCCAUUUCUCUGCUGUGAAGUCCUGUUCAGAGAAGGAUGUAGCGUCAACACAUUCUUCAGAUGUAAAAAAGCUGAAACUGGAAGAUGCAAAGAAAGCUAGGAGGUUUUCUGAAAUGAUUGAACAAGCCAGCGGCCGGCUAGGUUUUCUUCCGUCCUUCCUUCACCCGGGCCAGCAAGAGCUAGAGAGAGCAGCAUCUUGGGCUGCGGCCAUUCCGUGGCAGCUGAGCCCGUUCGCCAUUCGUCCAGCCUGCUUGUCGCCAGUUAUGUUCAACUAUGACGAGGCCAUUGCCUUCCUGGGCGAGUGGGGCCUCUUCCAGUGGCUCAUCUUCUUUCUGCUCAGCGCCAGCAUCAUCCCCAACGGCUCCACAGGGCUAUCCACUGUCUUCUGGGCCGCCACUCCUGAGCACUGGCGCCGGGUGCCUUCUAACGCCAACCUGAGUGCUGCAUGGCUCAACGCUAGCAUCCCCCUGGAGAAGCGCGGCAGGUGGCAGGUGCGGAGCCAGUGCAGCCGCUACCGCCUCGAGGCCUUGUCUGCCGGGAACAUGGAGCCCGGCCGCGAUGUCAGUCUCAGCCAUUGUCACCGAGAUGAAGGCAAUCUUCCUGACCUUGAUUACUUAUGUACCAUGUCUCACAUUGUAAUGAUGGAUUUGGAUAAUUGGGGAAGCCUUUUUGAUCAACUGCCUGCAACCCUCAACCAAGGAACUUUUAUUUGGGGCUUUCAGGGUGGAUGUGGCCAUUGGAAACCCCCUGUGAAUUGCAAGAUCUUUAAUUAUCUUAACAAGAUUGGGUGUUUCUUUCUUCAUCCACGCUGUGGUAAAAGGAGAGAGGCUGCUGAUUUUGCAAUCUGUGUACAUGUGGGCCGCCUGGAUGAACAUCUGCCAAAACAUAUUCCUUUCACCAUUCUUUCUGGAGACAAAGGCUUUCUAGAAUUGGAGGAUCAACUUAAGAUGACUCAGCGGGUAACUCGCAUUCUAGAUCCUCAUAAGAUUGAUGCUGACAUGAUGUAUACCUUAUUAAACAGCAUUUCAGAUGCAGUCAAAGAAAAUGAAGAGAUUGAUAUUCAAAUGGCAAUGGCACAGAUUUUGCAAGUAACGAGAGCCCAAAAUGAUACACAUGGUGAUGAUGAAUUUCAAGAGGCAAUUAGGCGAAGUCUUGAGGAAAAGUGAAGAUGUCUAAAGAUGGGUGUACCAAAACAUCUACCUGACUUCAAAGAAAUUGAAAUUUUUUCACCGUUUAUAAAAACAUUAAAAAUGUACUGGUUAUUAUUUCAAUGUUUCAGUGGCAUUGUAAAAACUGAGCUCUAUCUAUCAUCAAGCACUAGCAGAGUUCAGAACCUGUUGUAAAAUUUAACUAAUGGGAUUUCAGUCAUCCCUUCUCAUGGCUUAAGCAGUAAACAGUUUUAAAAUGUGAUAUGGCCAAGCUUACUUUAAAAAUAUAAGAACAUGGCAAAUCUGCUGAGUCAUAAGAUCUGUUAAGUUUACUUUUUUUUCCUAAUGUCUGACCUGAAAACUGAAUGUUAUGAUUUAUGCUGCUUUUUUUUCAAUCUGUUCUUUUCUGGAUUUUAAUAUUUUACUUCUACUGUUCUGUUGACUUUAUUUUGUAGUAGAAACAGGUAUUAAUCCAGAAUGUCUAGAGUGCCUUUUCUUGCUUCAUCAGUUUCUGAGGUGAAAUUUAGACACUAUCCUGAAGAUUACAGUCUAUAGGCCAACUUGCAAGGAAUCUAUUACAAUUCACUUAAACUUGAGGUCGACGAACUAGUUACUUUCUGUUAGCUGUCUCUUCAUUCUUAUGUACAUGUUUUAAUGUGGAGAAUGAAUACAAUGCCAAAUAGACUGAAUGUAUUUGUAUAUUUUGUUUCCUGUUAUUAAUACUGCAUCAAAGUAUUUUCCUGUUUGUUUUUGACAAUAUUUAAAUGUAACUUCAGGAAGCUGAAGUCUUUCUUUGAUUUUAUGUUUUUAACUUAUUUGCAUUUCUCAGAACAUAAUUAUAUACUUCAGCUUAAUUAAAAUACCAGCUAUUGUUGUGUUGCUUCGCAUAUCAGUCAAGUACUAUUUGAAAGUUUUCAUUUUCAUUUUUUCUAGGUUCAUAAAUUCCAUUUGGCUUAGUUUGUCUAAAUAAAAAUGUUUACAGAGAAGUAGAAUGCAGACGAUGACGCUAAUUUUAUACUUAUGUUUGUACUGCAGGCUUACUGAAAAAUUGGUUUGGAAUGAAAACUUACUUUGUGUGACAGCAAAAUAGCCUUUUUGUAAUGGACAUAACACUGCAAGUAUAUUAACUAGAUUAAUAUAUUAAGACUUGGUGGCUUGGAGGACAGAUUGUAAUGGUUUGAUCUAAUAAAACAUUCUAUACAAAUAUACGUGCUGUUCUCCAAAGCCUUUUAUGUCCUUGUUGAAACCCUCUGCCUCUACUAAAAUAAGAUUCUAGUCGGAAACCAUUUAAUAUUUUAGCAGGAGCCUAAGAACUUCUCGUGACACCUGCCUUGCUCCAUUCUCCCUAAUAUUAAGAGAAGAAAGGGGAAGCCUUUGCUGCAGAUAUCUGGCCAGUGCCAUAAACUCAAUAAUAGUAAUGCAUGGUUACCAUACAAUGGUUAGUUCAGGAAAUAAUGCAAGAAAAUUCAUACUAACUCUUAUAAAAACAACCUCAUCUAUGCCUGUCAUUUAGGAAUGGUCUCAAACACUCAGUUUGAGUGUUUGAGACCAAAUGUAGUACUUAUACAGUUUUCUAGACUGUAUAAGUACUACAUUUCAUUGGGAUCAAAUAUUUCAGCUACAGAAUUGCUGCCUGCUUGCAUAUUAAGUUCUCUGACUCUGUUACAAGAAAUAUGUGUUUACUUUCUCAUAUGCAAAUGCACAGAUAGUUUUAUGGACAAAGCCAUGUUUAAAUAGAAGAUUCCAAACUCCUAUUUGCUAUAUCAUUUCUUCAUGUAAUCUAGCACUUUCUGUAAAUAGAGUAUAUCCCUUUUUCUUUCUCAUGUUAUAUAUUUUUCAAAUAAUUUUCUUUCAAGUCAUUCUUUCCAUUUUUUUUCUUCAGCUUGCUAGGUUUGUGUCAGCAACUGUAUACAUACUACAUACUCUCCUGAUCUAUUAAUCUUUUUGCUGUAAAUAUAGUUGGUUUUGUUUUUAGCCGCAAGAAUAUCAUUGCAAAGAAUAUCUUAGAAAUCUUGUUAAAACUGUCCCAGGAAUAAAUCCUGUAAGAUGACUUUGUCUCAAGUAUAUUCUAUUAACCUCUGAAUAUAAAACCAUAUUUACAACAGCUCAGGUAUUUGCUGAUGUGAUUAGCACAAAUGCUACAUUUAAAAAAAUUAUCCCAAUAUGCUAAUAUUCUGCCUCUGAAACACUUGAUUCUUGGGAGGAACUGAAGAUGUGCAAAUUAUUUCUAAAUAUCACUCAGGAAAACAUCUGUAUUUGUAUAUUAUUUUAAGCAAACAUUGAUUGGGUAUCUAGCCUCAUGCUAGGAUGAAGUGAAUAUUACAAUGGAACUAUAUAAAUGGGUGGAUUUCAAUCAGAAAGGGAUGUUGCUACUUUCCAACAAAGAUGGUCCAGAAAAAGGAAGACUUUUAAGUCCCCAAAAGUACAGGAACUGCUCUUUUUCCGUGGAUAUUAUCUCAAGAUGUUAUAAAUGCUGUAAAAUAAAAAGUGAAAUAAAAAAGUAUUUGGUCUGACA